AAAACAAACAAAUACCAAAAAAAAAAAAGUCAAGCUCAUCAUCAACUUUACUGUAUACUUUACUUUAAUCAAGUGAUUUUAGAGGUUUAAGUCUCCGUUUAGGUGCUAAAUAAAUAAUCUUCUAUUGUUUUCGCUUACUAUGCACGUGUUACAGCAAAACGAGAUUUUUUCGAAUUACCUUAAAACAGAGAAGCACUUGAAAUAGUAUUUAAAAAAUACAAAAAAAAAAAAAGGAAAAUUAAUCAAUUCUUUAACGACAUUAUAAAAAAAAAAAAAAAAAAAAAAACAUUCAAUUUUAAUAAAUGACUACCUAGAGACAAUAAAUCUGUUUAAAAAGCAAUAACAAUAAGUUUUGCGUGUUUUCGUUAACAUUUGAUAUGUUGGAGGACAACUAGUAUCGUCACAUUACCGAUAUAAAUGCAUGUUUCCCUAAGUCGCCUCAAGCGUGUAAAUUUAAACAACUGUUUGUCAAUUGUCUUCGAAUCCGUUUAAAAAACGAACUUUUUAUAUCGAAAAAUUCAAAUUUAAAAUUUUAUUCUUCACUUCCUUUUGCAUAUAAAUUGUACGAAACUUAAGACUUUCGAUAAAUUAAAAUCUUUUGCAGAGAAACUAUGGCUUUCGAGUUAUCACUAACGCAACAAGUACGCUUUGCAGUCAAUUAUUUAAAUUUUCUUAGCCGUCAGCAGCGUUUACGUACAGAUGAGAAGGUCAUCGUCGAAACGGUCUAUGGUAAGAUUAAAGGUGUAAAAUGGCGUUCGGUUUACGGCACAACAUACUACAGUUUCGAGGGUAUACCGUUUGCGAAGCCUCCUUUGGGUGAAUUACGUUUUAAAGCACCAGUUGCACCGGAUCCUUGGACGGGCGUGAAACGUUGCACUCGUAUCAAGUCGAAACCGUGUCAAUAUAAUAUGGUGCUUAAGCAACUGCAAGGUCGUGAAGAUUGUUUAUACUUGAAUGUCUACACAAGAGAGCUAAACCCUGUAAAACCAUUACCAGUUUUGGUGUGGAUCUAUGGCGGUGGCUUUCAAAUGGGCGAAGCUUCCCGUGAUUUGUACAGUCCCGACUAUAUAAUGAUGGAAAAUGUUGUUUUAGUAAUAAUUACCUAUAGGUUAGGAGCUCUAGGUUUUCUUUGUCUUGACGAUCCUGAUUGCGAUAUACCCGGUAAUGCUGGACUUAAAGAUCAACUAUUAGCUUUAAAAUGGGUUAAAGCCAAUUGUCAUUUCUUUGGCGGUGACGUUAAUAAUAUUACGGUUUUUGGUGAAAGUGCCGGCGGUGUCUCCGCCCAUUAUAUGAUGUUAAGUGAAAAAGCUAAAGGUCUAUUUCAUAAGGCUGUCAUAAUGUCAGGUAGCGUUUUGACAUCAUGGGGUUUUUUAUCGAAAAUGGAUUGGGCUUAUAGAUUGGCCAAAGCCACGGGCUUUAAGGGUUUAAAUGAAGACAAUUUAGUGUUACAGCAUUUGCGUAGCGUCAAAGCUCAAACACUGAUGAGGGUAGCCGCUGGCUUGUUAACCUUAGAAGAACGACAUGAUAGAAGGUUCAUGUACACUUUUGGACCUUGUGUCGAAGCGUAUGAAACGGCUGAUUGUAUCGUGCCUAGGCCACCAUUGGAAAUGCUACGCGAUGCAUGGAGUAAUGAAAUUCCUUUAUUAAUUGGCGGCAAUUCAUUUGAGGGCUUACUAAUGUUUACCGAAGUCCGAAAAUAUCCUGAUCUUAUAAACAAUUUAAAGAUUGAAAGUUUACCACCUUUCGAUGCCGCCCUAAGCGACGAAAAGCGUAAAGAGUAUGGUCAAUUAAUUAAAGAAGUUUAUUUUGGCGAAGAAGAACCCUCGUGGAAAACUAUUUUACAGUACAGUGAUAUAUUUUCCUAUAAAUACUUUUGGCAUGGUAUCCAUCGGGCAGUAUUGGCUCGUCAACGUUAUGCUACGCAAGCCGAUACUUAUUUGUAUCGUUUCGAUUUUGAUUCGAAACAUUUUAAUAUUAUGCGUAUCAUCGCGUGCGGCCGUAAGAUACGCGGUACCUGCCAUGCCGAUGAUUUAUCGUAUCUAUUUUACAAUGCGGGCGCGAAAAAGCUCAAGUAUCGUUCUGCUGAAUUUAAGACCAUACGACGUAUGGUAGCAAUUUUAGCGCAAUUUGCCAAAUGCGGUGAUCCCAAUAUACCGAAUGACAAUAACACCCUUAUCAACUGUCCGCUCGAACUAGAGCUGAGUAAGGACAACAGCGACCACCAUCAUCAUCAGCACCAGCAUCAGCAACAGCAUCAGCAAAACGAAAAGGAUUUUUGUAAUGAAAAUUGUAGCAGUGGUAUUGAUAUUACUAGGGAUAGUAAUGGUGCUGGUGGUGACGUAACUCAUGACGACCGUAGUGGUGAUAUAUUGCCUGACACCGUAAACAUCACUGAUGUUGACAAUAGUAGUAGUACUGGUGGAAAUGAACAAAGAGAACAUAAAAAAAGACAGCAACAACACCACUGGUUGCCCAUUUCACCUGACGAUACGACAUUCAAAUGUUUGAACAUUUCCGAUGAACUUGAAGUGAUUGAUUUGCCCGAAACCGAAAAACUGCAAUUAUGGGAUAACAUGUAUGAGGAUAAAUCAUUGCUAUAUUAAACUGAACGCUACUACACGUUUGUCUCAAUUUUCGCUCUUCUCCUUACACUUCCCCUCAUCACUCUAUCUCUGUAUCUCUUUUAUAUAUCUAUAAAUGUAUCUCUUUUUAU